GAUCCAGCCAUGGCGACUCCCUCUGCUGCCUUUGAGGCCCUUAUGAAUGGAGUGACCAGCUGGGAUGUCCCCGAAGAUGCCAUCCCAUGUGAACUGCUUCUCAUUGGAGAGGCCUCCUUUCCGGUCAUGGUGAAUGACAUGGGCCAGGUCCUCAUUGCUGCCUCCUCCUAUGGCCGAGGCCGCCUGGUGGUGGUGUCCCACGAGGACUACUUGGUAGAAGCCCAGCUCACUCCCUUUCUCCUCAAUGCAGUGGGUUGGCUUUGUUCUUCCCCUGGGGCUCCCAUUGGCAUACACCCGUCCCUGGCACCCCUGGCCAAAAUCCUUGAGGGUUCUGGGGUAGAGGCGAAGAUUGAGCCUGAAGUGAAAGACUCCCUGGGGGUUUAUUGCAUUGAUGCCUACAAUGAAACCAUGACAGAAAAGUUGGUCAAGUUUAUGAAACGUGGAGGGGGCUUGCUCAUUGGAGGCCAGGCCUGGGACUGGGCCAACCAGGGCGAUGACGAAAGGGUGCUUUUCACGUUCCCUGGCAACCUCGUGACCAGUGUGGCCGGCGUGUACUUCACUGACAACAAAGGGGACACAAGUUUCUUUAAAGUCUCCAAGAAGAUGCCCAAGAUCCCAGUCUUAGUUAGCUGUGAGGAUGACCUCUCCGAGGACAGAGACGAGCUCCUGCACGGGAUUUCAGAGCUGGACAUCAGCAACUCAGACUGCUUCCCAUCCCAGCUGCUGGUGCACGGGGCUCUGGCCUUUCCCCUGGGGUUAGACUCCUACCAUGGCUGUGUCAUAGCGGCUGCCCGCUACGGCCGGGGCCGGGUGGUCGUGACCGGCCACAAGGUAUUAUUCACCGUUGGCAAACUGGGCCCCUUUCUGCUCAAUGCCGUGCGCUGGCUGGACGGGGGCCGCAGAGGCAAGAUCGUGGUGCAGACAGAACUGAGGACACUGAGCGGCCUGCUCGCAGUGGGGGGCAUAGACACCAGCAUCGAGCCCCAUCUGACCAGCGACGCGAGUGUCUAUUGCUUUGAACCCGUGAGCGAUGUGGGGGUCAAAGAGCUGCAGGAGUUCGUAGCAGAGGGCGGGGGACUGUUCGUUGGAGCCCAAGCCUGGUGGUGGGCCUUCAAGAACCCUGGAGUGUCCCCUUUGGCUCGGUUCCCAGGAAACCUCCUCCUCAACCCCUUUGGCAUCAGCAUCACAAGCCAGAGCCUCAAUCCGGGGCCCUUCCGUACUCCUAAAGCAGGGAUCAGGACCUAUCACUUCCGCUCCACUCUGGCCGAGUUCCAGGUCAUAAUGGGCCGGAAGAGAGGGAACGUGGAAAAGGGCUGGCUGGCAAAGCUGGGGCCGGACGGGGCUGCUUUCCUCCAGAUCCCCGCAGAGGAGAUCCCUGCCUAUAUGUCUGUGCACCGGCUCCUGAGGAAACUGCUGAGUCGCUAUCGGCUCCCGGUAGCAACGCGAGAGAACCCCGUUAUCAAUGAUUGCUGCAGGGGUGCUAUGCUCUCCCUGGCCACUGGUCUGGCCCACUCGGGAAGCGACCUCUCUCUGUUAGUGCCAGAAAUCGAAGACAUGUACAGCAGCCCCUAUCUGCGCCCCUCGGAAUCUCCUAUCACCGUUGACGUCAACUGCAACAAUCCAGGCACCAGAUACUGCUGGAUGAGCACCGGGCUCUACAUUCCUGGAAGGCAGAUCAUAGAGGUCUCGCUGCCUGAAGCUGCUGCCUCUGCUGAUCUGAAGAUACAGAUUGGCUGCCACACGGAUGACCUGACCAGAGCCAGCAAGCUGUUCCGAGGCCCGCUCGUGAUCAACCGGUGCUGCCUGGACAAGCCCACGAAGUCCAUCACCUGCCUCUGGGGCGGCCUCCUCUACAUCAUCGUGCCUCAGAGCAGCAAACUGGGCUCCGUGCCCAUCACUGUGAAGGGGGCUGUGCAUGCCCCAUACUACAAGCUAGGGGAGACCUCGCAGGAGGAGUGGAAGAGGCGUAUCCAGGAGAAUCCAGGUCCCUGGGGAGAGCUGGCUACGGACAACAUCAUCCUGACCGUGCCAACCGCCAAUCUCCGUACCCUGGAGAACCCUGAGCCAUUGCUUCGCCUCUGGGAUGAGGUGAUGCAGGCUGUGGCGCGGCUGGGGGCCGAGCCCUUCCCUUUGCGUCUGCCCCAGAGGAUCGUCGCCGACGUGCAGAUCUCAGUUGGCUGGAUGCAUGCAGGGUACCCCAUCAUGUGCCAUCUGGAGUCUGUGCAGGAGCUCAUCAAUGAGAAGCUCAUCAGAACCAAGGGGCUGUGGGGCCCCGUCCACGAGCUCGGCCGUAACCAGCAACGGCAGGAGUGGGAGUUCCCCCCGCACACCACGGAGGCCACCUGCAACCUGUGGUGUGUUUAUGUGCACGAGACGGUCCUGGGCAUCCCUCGAGGCCGCGCCAACAUUGCUCUGUGGCCUCCGGUUCGGGAGAAGAGGGUCCGAAUCUACCUGGGCAAGGGUCCCAAUGUGAAAAACUGGAAUGCGUGGACCGCCCUGGAAACAUAUCUCCAGCUACAGGAGGCCUUUGGGUGGGAGCCGUUCAUCCGUCUCUUCACUGAGUACAGGAACCAGACCAACUUGCCCACAGACAAUGUUGACAAAAUGAAUCUGUGGGUGAAGAUGUUCUCCCACCAAGUGCAGAAGAAUCUGGCUCCGUUCUUUGAGGCCUGGGCCUGGCCUAUCCAGAAGGAAGUGGCUACCAGCCUGGCCUAUCUGCCUGAAUGGAAGGAAAAUAUUAUGAAAUUAUACCUCCUCACACAGAUGUAAGGAGUGCCCAGCGAGGUGGCAGGCCCCACUGAAAUUGAAGUCAAGAAAUGCAAAAGAGGAUUGACACAUCUCAGCAAAGAAAAUGGAACAGAUUUGAUAAUAACUGAAGAAGAUCUCAACACAUUUCUGGAAGAGAGAAGGUGGAUGAAGCAUGAUAAUGAAUGAAAGAGUGAAGGUGUCUUUCAGACAGAAUAGAAGCUGAUCUGAACAACCUAAUCCCAAAGAAACAUGAGCACCUGAAGAGUCUAUAGAGUUAUACCUUAUACCCGUUGUAAAUCUGAACCCCGUCCUAUCCUACCCCAACCAUUGUGCAGAACACAGGCAGUAUUGCGAUUGGUACCCAUUAAAAAUCUGUUGUUCUUGUUGUUGUUGUUGUUUGUACAGAAGUUGAUUAAGCUGCCUGAGGAGAGGUAGAAGUUGGUGCCCCAGAAUAAGAUUUCUCUUUUUUGGAAAUAAGUGACCCCCCCCCCGCAGUCUAUCAGCUAAUUCUCUGUCAAAAUCCCUCUGCAAAUGCCCAAGUGCUUCUAGUUCCAGAAGAGGCUUAACUAGAGAAACAGACCCAGCCAUACAAUGGCAGAGGAUACCCACGCCAAUUCCUAUAGAAGUUAACAGUUAUAUUGAUUCUUAAAUGCAAACGGUCAGCCCAGUAGUUUGGGCAUUAGGAGGUGGAGGGGGAGGACCAGGGGAGGAGCAUGUAAGAAAAAUAACCAGUGAGAAUUGGGAGACUUGAAAAAUACAACCAACUCUAGAGGAAACAAAGUGAACAUGGUGAACAAAGUGAACAUGAAAACAGAAGGCUACAAAGGAAAGAAAAACUGAAUAAAAAGAGCCCUUUGAAAGUGAAAUAAAACUACCCAAAAUAUUCAGUAGACAGGCUAGAAAAUAAAGUUGAGGGCAACUCCCUAGAUACACAACAAAAAGAAACAGUAGAAAAAAAUGAAGGAAAGAGAUCUAGUCAAUCAAUAUCUAAGCAUUAGGACUUUUUGGAAAAGAGAACAUACAAAAUCUAGGUGAAGAAAUUUUUUAAAAAUUGAAGAACAGAAAGAACUAAGUCUCCAGAUGGAGGGACCCUGAUACCACCUAUAUCUAGACACGAUCUUGUGAAGUUUUGGAAUAUUAAGGAAAGAGGGAAGAUAUUACAAGUGCCCAAAGAGAAAAUAAAGUCAUCAUAAUUAGCUCAACUAAAAAGGGAUGAGAAAUAGACUGGCAGCAGAUUUUUCAUCAGCAACACUGAGUGCUGGAAGCCAAUGGAGCAGUUUCUUCCCUUAUGGGAAAUAUUUGGAUCCCGGAUAACCUAGCAAGCCAAACUGUCAAGAGUGACGUCAAAAUAAAGACAUUUUCUGACGGGCAAGUUUUCAGAAAGUCUACCUACUUUGCACCCUUACUAAGAAAGUACCUUGAGGAAGUUCUCCAAGAAAAUGAGGAAGAAGACCAGGAAAGAAGAAGAAAUGGAAUCCAGGAAACAAUGGACCUCACCUAGGAUGUCUCACUCUACAGUGACAGUUGUCCAGCAGGAUGCCUCACUCUAGAGUGACAGUCCAGCAGGAUGUGUCACUCUAGAGUGACAGCUGUCCCAGCAGGAUGCGUCACUCUAGCAGACCCAUUUCAGAUGAGAGCACACAGUCUCAGGCUCUUUGGGAAGAAUAUACAUUCUGUUCCACAGAUCGUAUCCUUGAGAAGCUGCAAUGUUUGAAAAUAUGGAAGACAUACAUGCUUCAGUCGGCAAAAAGAAAACGGAAGUAUGUCGAGACAUUCAGGUCCAACUGUGAAACAAAAACUCGUGGAAUGUACGAAGAGAUGCAAUUUGACAUUGGCGGUAGGUACCUUUCCUUACAAGUGGCAUAGGAAUCAUGAACACUGGGUUUUGAAUGGCAAAAAAAUGCCCUCGCAUCUACUCGGCUCUCAGUAAACACUAUUUACCUAGACAAAAUAAUGUAGAUGCUGUCUGUUGGUAUUCAGUGUUCUGAUCAGCCUAGAGACAAAACAUGAGAAGCUUAAUUUUUUAUUCAGAACUGAAAUGGAAUAUAACGAAUCCUGACAAGCUAAGAAACAAGAGAACAGAAAGAGGUUGAGAAUUGGUUGGGGGAGGAGGGGUGGAAGGAAGAGAUGGGCCACUUCUGCAUUCACAGCGAGAAUGAGAAGAUGAAGUCUGCAGUUAAUGGAACAAGAACUAGAGGGCAGUAUACUGUCCAAAGUUAUAAAUGAAAUCAACAGAAGUCUUAAAAAUGGCAUUAUCUAUCGAAAGCUUGGGAAAGGACAGGCAAAGGAAAGGUGGGGAUAGUGUAAGUUAAAUCCUUAUCUUUUGUAAUGGGGAAUUAUUAAAGAUUGUCUAAAGUUAAUAAGUCAAGAAUUAUUGUUCAGACAUAUUAUUUAAUGUUAGCAAGUUAGUUAACAGAAGAUCUAAAAAUAGAAAAUGUUAAAUGCAUUGCCUCUAGGGAACGGGGCUAGGGUUAAAGAGGGUGGGGUGGGAAACCGUGUUUUUCAUUUUAAGUCCUUCUGUACUAUUUAAUUUUUUACCUUGUGCAUGUAUUACUUUGAAAAAUUUUUAAUAAACUCAAAUAAAAAUUC